AUGACGUUUUUGACUCUACCACGGCUAAUGGUACGGACGUGAUAGUCGAGCCAACGAGUGCCAAAGAGGGCUCGCUCAAGUUCAUUCGAGCACUCUCAAACCUGACCAAAGACAUUGGCAGUGUCGUGCACAUGAGAUGCGAGAUUGUAGGUGAUCCACCACCGAACAAAAUUAGAUGGUACAAAAAUGAAAAGCCAAUUAUCGAGGAGCCCGAACGCGUGAUCAUUAAGAAAAUUAAUCCUCAGAAUCACGAGCACGUGGCCAAGAAUAUAGCUGGGAGCCGUUUAAAAAUUACCCGGGUUGAUGUGAACGAUCGAGGCUUUUACUCUUGCCGCGCCACCAAUGGCAAGAACUUCAUCCAGAGCGAGGGAAGCCUCCAAGUCAGAACGCAACGUCACGGUGGUCACUCGGUCAACCCAUCGAUCGACUUGGGAAACUACUCGCCAGUUUUGCCGCAUUUACCAGAUUUACUAGAAGACAAUGAUGAUGGAGAUAACGUAUUCUCUAAUAAAAAUUAUGCAGGAGCAUCAAGUACAUUUCAAAAAUCUUUCAAUCCACAACCAACUUCAUCACAAAUCAGUACCCUAGAUGUAUCACAAAUUAGUGGCCUUAAAAAUGUCAAUAUACAAAUUCCAGCAGGGGUGAGCCUUGCCAGUCUUCCUGGAGCUUCAUUGAUUCCAGGACGCAAAGAUAAUCAAGAAGGAUAUUGUGAACCGUAUAAAGGUACAAUUUGUGCACAGUUUGUGGGCAAUCAUUCAGUUUACAUACCACAUCCACUUACCCAAAGUAUUUUGGAAGAAAAAUUUUUGAAAGCUUUUCAAGUUAUCAAUCAGUCAAAUGACUUGUCAUCUAAUUGUGCACCUUAUGCUAUGCCAACUUUAUGCUUUACAACCUUUUCGGUUUGUCGAGAACCAAGAAGUCCAAAGCCUAGUACACAACUUUUCCACUUAUUAAAUUCCAACCAACAAGAUUCUUUGGAGGAACCUGAUACAGAUGAAACAUACAAUGAAGGCGGUGAACAAUUAUAUUCUCGAAUUCGACGUGGAGCAAAUCGACAACCAAAUUAUGAAUCAUCAAUUGAGUCUAGUCGCAGACUCGCUUCACAAGCAGCAACAAUAGCUGCAAAAAAGAAUUUACUCAACAGCAAAUUAAGACGUAUCUGUCGUAAAGAGUGUGAAACUUUAGAAAAUGAUUUAUGCCGCAAAGAAUAUGCAAUUGCCAAAAGACAUCCAGAAAUUGGCAGGCAAUUACCAUUAAUUGAAUGUUCAGAUUUGCCAGAUGAAGGUACUCCAGAAGGAGCUGAUUGCAUGAGCAUUGGUAUUAUUACGGAAGAUGUUCGUGAAAAUGAAAAAUGUUUUUGGGGCAAUGGACAAUCAUAUCGAGGUCCUGUCAAUAAUAGCAUAACUGGGCGUCCAUGCAUGAGAUGGAUUAAUCAGUUCAAUCUUCAAAUAUCUGAACAUAUUGAGCUUGCUGGAAGACACUCUUAUUGUCGAAAUCCUGGUGGCACUGAACAACAACCUUGGUGUUAUGUUGAUGUGAAUAAUCUUAGUCAAAAAGAAGUCUGUAAUAUACCCAAAUGUGUUGAAGAUAUUUGGAUUUAUAGUGUUGUUGGAUUUAUAUUAGCAGGAGGAUUUGUACUAAUUAUCGUUUGUUAUUGUUGUUGCUACAGAAAAUCUAGAAAAGCUAGAAGACAGUCUAAUCAUUUGCCAACAAAUAAAAUCUUAACUGGGCUGCAGUGUGACAAAAAUAUUUAUGAUGGAAGGCGCAACAACGCAACACAACCGAUGGAAAUGAGUUCAUUGUUAGCUGGUCCUGGGAAUACAACUCCUGGAACUGGCACUCUUAGUAGUGGAAGCAGUAGGACUUCGAAUAACAGAGUACCCCAAUUCUCAAUGAAUAAUGUGAUGUUGUUGGAAGAACUGGGAGAAGGAGCCUUUGGCAAAGUAUACAAAGGAGAGUUACAAACUGGAAAUAAGGAUGAAGUAAUCUAUGUAGCAGUUAAGACUUUGAAAGAGAAUGCAAGUCCAAAGACUCAGAAUGAUUUCAAACGCGAGGUUGACCUCAUGACAGAUCUGCGGCAUCCAAAUAUUAUCUGUUUACUUGGAGUUGUUUUUAAUGGAGAACCUAUGUGCAUGCUUUUUGAGUACAUGACUCAAGGGGAUCUGCACGAAUUUUUAAUAUGUCAUUCCCCAAGAACUGAUGUACCAGUUGGAACAGCUAGUGGAAAAGUCUUGGAACAACCUGAAUUUUUACACAUUGCUCUGCAAAUUGCAUCAGGAAUGGAAUAUCUGUCAAGCCAUCAUUAUGUUCAUAGAGAUCUUGCUGCUAGAAACUGUUUAGUUGGUGAAAACUUGACUGUUAAAAUCUCUGACUUUGGUCUCUCCAGAGAUAUAUACAGUAGUGACUACUAUCGGGUACAGUCUAAGAGCUUACUUCCUGUUAGAUGGAUGCCACCUGAAUCAAUUUUAUACGGUAAAUUUACCACUGAGUCUGAUGUAUGGAGUUUUGGAGUUGUUCUGUGGGAAAUAUAUAGUUACGGCCUUCAGCCUUACUAUGGUUACAAUAACCAAGAAGUCAUUGACAUGAUCCGUUCACGGCAACUUCUACCCUGUCCUGAAGACUGUCCGACUAUGAUCUACAGUUUGAUGAUUGAGUGCUGGCAUGAGGUCGCCAAUCGUCGGCCGCAAUUCCCAGAAAUUCAUCAUCGUCUUCAUAACUGGAACCACCAACAGCAAACGACCCUGAAUCACCAGCAGCAACAGCAGCAACAGCAGCAGCAGCAUGUUUUCUCUAAUGGGACGCCGACGAAGAUGGGAUAUUCGAAUGAGAACAGUUCUAACGUCGAUAAGCAGUGCUGUUCUCCAAAGCUGAGUGGGGCUAAAAAGGUGUUACCAAUUAUGGGUCAACAUCCUCAGCCACUAUUGAAAAAUAAUUUACCGUCUAAUGGCACGAGAUCAUUACAGAAUGGGGCUCAGCUCGUUGUCAGGUUACCUGAUCCUAGUAAAGUUCUCACUGAAACUAGGUUAUCAAAACAACAAUAAAUUAUAGAUUUUGUAAUUCGUUGUUUUCAAGAAUUGUGAUGCAAUGAAAAAAUCGUACAUUAUUGAAUACAGUACUUUUACUUUAAAUUAAAUCAUGGUAAAUUAUUUAGAAAACAACGAUUAUAACAGCAACUUUUUAUGAAAUAAUUUCUUCAGAUUAUUUAAUACUAGUAUUUUUUAAUAUAUUCUACACAUGGUUACUACAAAAAUGCAAUGGUUUCUUUUAUUUGUUAAUGAAUUUAUUUAGAACCCAAAAUGAUUCUAAAUUUCAUUUAAAUUAGUUGUAAAAUCAUUGGCAUUGUGAGAUUUUUUUAUUCAAAUUAUAGUUGAAUACUCAAGUCUAUCUAUUUUAAUAAGUUAAUAUACGAAUGUAUAUGAUGAUAAUGUGUGAUCCUUUAUUAGUGCCAGCCCUGAAGCAUUUAAUUGUUUUUAGAUUUAAAUAUUUUAACUAGGUUCAAAGUUUAUUUGAAUUCAUUUGUAUUAUAUUUUAAAAGAAACGUAUUAUUAAACCUUUUGACUGAAAUAUCGUUGUUCCAGCGUAGCAAGCAAGAUAUCAUCCAAAACUCAAGAGGCAAAAACGUACCUAAUUUUAUCAACAUAGGACUCGGGUCUUUUUCGCCUUUUGAGUAUUCAACGCCUUUCUGCACUGAGGCGAUAAAAUUCUCUUUUGAGUAAUGAUUUUAUAAAGACCUUCAAUUACUAAAUCUAUGAAACACUGCAGAAUUAAAAAAAAUAUUUUUAUUGAUUAAUGUCAAAUUUUAAAUAUUGAUUAUUUUUCUUAUAAAAUUUAAUGUAAAUAGAUAUUUUUAAGUGCCAUUUAAUAAAAAUGUCGUUGCAUAAGUGUUACCCAAGUCUACUAUCAUCAACUAAUACAUUGAGAUGAUCUUUUCAUUCACGUCAUAAUUAUCCAUGGCAUUUUAUUUAGAGCUUUAAAAAAGCAAUUCCGUUGAGUUAAAAGCUACUUUGCUUUGUAUCGUAGGCAAUAUUUGAAAUUUGUAAGAAAUUGCGAUCUAUAAUAUUUAUUUCAAUAAUUGUAUAAAAAGUUAAAAGCAAUGUACGCAUCGCAUUUAAUUCGUUAUUUAUCGAACAUUGAGAAAAUUAAUAAUAAUUCGUCUUGUAUUCGAGGCAAUUAUGCAAUGUAUAUAUGCACUAGGCUGACAAUAAAAAAAAAUUUUAUUAUAUUGUCAGUCUGAUAUGCACAUGAUUUUGUAUAGUUUUAUACAUUGAGUGUAUAAAAUUUAUGUAAACCAGUAAGUCAAGCAAAUAUAGAAAUGUAUGUAUUCUAGUUUGUACUUGAUAGCUAUUCCUUAUCAUUUUUUUUAAAAUAACUUUAUCAAUAAAAAUUUUUAUAUUUGCUUGUGACUGAUCAAAGCAUGGUUAUUAAUAAUAAAAACGUAUGACUACGUUAUUUUGAAAAUAUACAGAAUAGUGAAUAUUGCAUGAGUGUAAUUUAUGAAGCGUGUAUAAUAAUUUUGAAAGAUCAAUUUUUUAUACAUAGAUAAUAAAAUACAUGUAUAUUAGAUAAAUAUGUGUCUGACCAAAAUAGCUACUUCGAUCAUGAUUCUAAUUCAAAUAAUUAUUAACAAUUAUUUAUUGUAAAAUUUUGAGUAUGUAAGCAAAUACUGUAUAAUUAUUCUACGUAUUUUAAUGUACAGAUAAAAAGAAAAAAUGAUAGUAUGCAUUGAUGAAUGAAUGAAUGAAACAGUACUUUAUAUCUUGUCAAAUGUUACAAAAAAAAUAAGCAUAUUAGUAGAUAAAAUAGUACUUGCUAUUGUUGCAGUGGUUUGUCAUACAAAAAGAGAACAGAAAUGUUUUAAGAGUCCUUGCUAGAUUUAACUACUGGAAAUAAAAACUAUCAAAAAAAGUAUUCUUCACAAUAUUUGUG